AUGGACCCACCAAAUUUUCGACCAGGCCUGUUGGACAGACUCCUUGUCGGUUUCUUUCAUUGUGUAAAUCUGUUCAUCCCAUGGCACAAACUUCCUAGUAUCUUUGGUGCACUCAAUCUCGAUGCUCUGCGGGUCGAGUUGCGACAAUACAAUCUUCAUGAUGGGUAUGCUUCUGCCACAGCCCAGGGCAAUACCGACGAUACUCCAUUGGAUGACAAACGCUUUCUUUCUGCAAGAAAUUCGGAUGGCAAGGACAACUCGCUCACCAUGCCCAAGAUGGGUUGUUCUGGCAUGCGCUUCGGUCGCAACUUCCCUCGGAAAUAUUGCGAGAAGCCGACUGAGCAGGAGCUUUGGACGCCAAACCCGAGACUGGUCAGCGAAGCGUUCAUGUCCAGAAAGCCGGGAGAGUUCAAGCCGGCGACUACACUGAAUUUGCUUGCUGCUGCUUGGAUCCAAUUUCAAGUUCAUGAUUGGGUGUUCCACGAAAGUGUAUGCGUGAUGUUUCACGGCUGUCAGAUUGAUCGAAUACUGACGAGUUUCCUUAGNAGUGAAGAGACAUACGAUGUACCUCUCCUUCCAAACGACGACUGGCACGAACAGCAGAUGAAAAUCUACCGCACCAAGUCCGAUGAAGAGCUCGACGCAUCUGAUAAGAAGUGUCCUGGCUACAAAAACACCUCGACCGCUUGGUAA